UCAAAUCUCCAUACCUGCUAUAAAUCAAACCUGGGACAGAGAGCUGAGUUAGAAUUUGUUUGCAGUACGGACGUCGGUAACUUUCACUACUGUUUGACGGUUGACAGCAUCCGAAAGCUCAUUACCUGGGCAAGUUCGUCUAAGACAGACUGUGCACCAUGUGGGUCUCGUCAUCAUUUGGUGAGGCGGACAUCGAUGUGAAGAAGCCAGCCAAGAAGAGCGCCGGCCUCAAGUCAGAAAAGAGGCCAUUUUCAGCCACUUCAGGCCAUCCACACAAAACAGGAGUAAAACAGGAGUAUGAGGGAGACCUGUGGGUGGAGGUACACCAGCCGACCUCCGUGGCUGACCUGGCCGUCCAUCCUAAGAAAGUGGCUCAGGUUCAGGACUGGGUGAAGAGUCACGUGUUGAUGGGUCCAGUUAAGGACACACCUAUACUGCUGCUCACAGGUCCGCCCGGUGCAGGGAAAACAGCCACUGUGAAGCUGUUAGCCCAGCAGGAAGGUGUGGAGGUGCAGGAAUGGGUGAAUCCGGUCACGGAGGUUCAUCAGCUGUCUACGGACGACCCCGCGGCCUCUCGAGGGUCGCGCCAGGUCCCGCAGGCUGCUGUGUUUAAGGACUUUCUCCUUCGGGCUAGCCAGUUCAGCAGCCUGUGCCUGACAGGAGCUGCCAAGUCUGACCUGAAGCUUGUUCUGGUGGAGGACUUUCCCAACGUGUUCUACCGAGACAGGGCCCAGUUCCACGAUGUGCUGAGACACGUGCGAGAGGUGGGGUGCUUCCCUGUGGUCUUCAUCGUGAGCGAAACAUCCGGGAAGGACAGCAGGGUACGAGACCUGUUCCCCCCCGACUUACAACUCCAGCUGAAAGUAGACGUCAUCAGUUUCAACGCCGUAGCUGCCACCAACAUGCAGAGGGCGCUGUCUUCUGUACUUAACAAAGAAGCUGCUAGGAGGAGCUCCUUCAAAAGGCCAGAAAAGGACAGGAUACAGGAGGUAGUGCAAGUUAGCGCUGGCGACAUACGGAGUGCCAUCAACUUGUUACAGUUUUCUAGCCUCAGAGUUCCGAUGGAUAGAACUUCAAAAGUGCUGAAGAAAACUUCUUCAGGCAAAGGGAACGCAUCAAAGAGUAAACGUAAGCCAGUAAAGGAGAAGGCAAGUGCGGAACAAAACGGAGGAAAGGACAUCUCUUUAUUCCUCUUCCGUGCUCUUGGGAAAAUCUUGUACUGUAAACGUUCGGAAGAAGAGGAGAGAGGCCUUCCCCCCCUCCCCCCGCACCUCUCGGACCAGAAGCGCCUGCCCAUGUUAGCUGAACCAGAGGCAGUGGUCCAUGCAUGUCCCCUGAGUGCAGAGGCCCUGUGCCUCUUCUUGCAACAGAACUUCCCCGAGUUUAUGUCCGAAGUGUCAGAGUGCGAGACAGUAACACAUUACCUCAGCGAUGCAGACUUGAUAUCAUCAGAGUGGGCGGCUCGUGACGUGCUGAGUCACUACGGCGUGUCCGUAGCGACACGAGGCCUGAUGCACGCUAAAACUGCCGUCAGUAAAGGAGGGUGGCGACCGUUGUACAAACCUGAGUGGUACUCCGCACAGCAGAAAUUCCUGAACAACCGCAGGACUACAUGUACAGUAGGGAAGCAUGUCGACCAGUGUCUCCCGGCCGUGGAGUUGUUCACACAGAAACUGCCCUUCCUCUACCAGAUCAACAACAGCAGGCCCCGCUUCACGGCACAUCUACGCUUCACUAACAGCAGGCCACAGAAGUUGGAGGAGACAGAAGCUGUUUUUGAGGAGGAAGAGGUUUCAGAGUCUCAAACGUUGCCAUCCCUCUCACUUCAACAAUGUACUGUCCCUAGUGAGAUAGAUGAUGAGGUCAUCAUUGAAGAGUACGACAGUGACUGAUGAUUAUUGCUUAGAUGCAAACACUGUAACCACUAGGGGUGCCCCCGGUGCCGGUACAGAAAAUUCAGGUCCAGGUCUGGUUCAAGUCCAGAGGAUCAGGUCCAGGUUUGGACCUGAACCUGGGCCUGAUUCAGUAUGAGAGAACUUGUGAAUGGAUGAUACUCAACACAAUGGUCCAUUUCACUACAAAGAAAUCUAUUUGGUGGAGUAUUCAACUCCCACUGGCAUUUUCCAACAAGACUAAUUGCCUCUGUAGUAGUCUGUACUAUUGACUGUAGAACUUGGUAGAAAUGACUAUAGGCUCUACUCUACUUUGUUCUUGUUAUUUUCCUCAUCCGGUAAGCCCUGAAAUGUGUGAAUGUAUGAUCUGUUCAUUUUCCAAUAGGUCCAACAUCUGGUCCACCGAAUGUUUUCAGGACCUGAGGUCCAUUUUUUUCUGGACCGGUCCAAUAGGAAAUAUCGGUACCCACCCCUAGUAAGCACUGACCAGCAAGUUAGAGUAUGAGCUGUAAGUGGGGUACCUGAAACAAGGGUUUGUUUGACAUGAGGUUACUCCUUACAUAUAGCUUCACACACUUGUAAUUAAUUGCCCUGCUAAAAUGCACACCUGCAAGGUUAGCAUGUGAUUGCAUG